ACUUCACUAUAUUCGGCUUCGUCUCAUAAAUAAAUAAAUAAUAUAAAACAAUUAAGUGUAAUUAGACGAGAAACUAUUCUAUAGUCUUCCACAUACACACACUAACACUAUUUAUUUAUUUCGACGAAGCCUUUAUAUAAUUAAGAUCGAACAUCACUAAGGACCAAACAUGAACUGGUUACAACCCCUCGUAAUGAUCUUAGCGAUAUCAAGUAGCAUAGCAGAGGAUUACCGAUUACCGGCCACGGUGGUACCAUCCAGAUACACUAUAGACCUCUUUGUUCCUGACGGCACAUUUACCGGACAAAACCAAACUUUCGAGGGUGAGGUCACCAUAAGAUUCACAGUAGCCAACAGUACCUCAUCAAUCAGCUUCCACCAUAGAGUGGAACAACUUACCUCGGUAUCUCUGGCCACUGCUUCGGGCGUAAACGUUCCCAUUUCCUUCAUAUCAUAUUCAAACGUUACAGAAAUCGCAACGUAUAAUGCUAGCACCGCUUUAGUAGUUAAUACGGAGUAUGAUUUGCAUAUAAAAUAUUUUAACAGUUUUGAGACAGACGCCAUGGUGGGAUUUUACCGGAGUACUUACCAAGACGAAAGUAACCGUACCGCCUAUUUGGUGGUAAGCAAGUUUGAGCCUGGUAAUGCCAGACAUGCUUUCCCCUGUUUGGACGAGCCCCAAUUAAAAGCCACCUUUUUGUUAAGCAUUACUUACCCUGCCGACCAAAGCGUGCUGGCUAGUACCAACCCUAAUUACACCACUGUGGUGAAUAGCAUCUACAAUAAAACCACCUUUCAAGAAACCACCCUGAUGUCGACUUACUUGCUGGCGUUCUCAGUGUCGAAUUUCACGUGUACCGAGGGUUACACCAUUGCCAAUGGGGUGACCCAUGGGGUGUGUUCGCGUCCCGAAUCAGCCCCCCAUAGGGGUUGGGCCGUGGAAUUCGGUACGUCUGUCAUGAGGACUUUGGAGAGUAUUACUGGAAUUAAAUAUGGCACCUAUAUGCCCAAAAUGGAUGAGCUAGCCAUUCCAGACUUCGCUGCUGGAGCAAUGGAAAACUGGGGUUUAGUAGGCUAUAGGGAAACCUAUCUUCUUUGGAGUGAGGAGGACUCCUCGAACGCUUACAAAAAGGGCAUAGCGACAGUAAUCGCUCACGAGUUUACCCACAUGUGGUUCGGUAACUUGGUCACUUGCCAAUGGUGGGAUUAUUUGUUUUUAAACGAGGGUUUCGCCAGGUUUUAUCAAUUUUUUGGAGCCGCUGCUGUCAAGCAAACUUUGGACUGGGAACUGGAUAAGUUGUUCAACGUGGAAGUUGUUCAAGUGGCUCUGCUGGCCGACUCGCAAAAGUCCGCUUCAGCUUUGACCUCUUCUGCUGUAACUAGAGCUGAGGUUGCAGCAAAAUUUGAUACGAUAACCUAUAGUAAAGGGGCCUCGAUCCUAAGGAUGAUCGAGAAAAAUAUUAUGGGCCCUGACAAUUUCAUUUAUGGUAUUAGGGAUUAUUUGACCACGUAUGCCCAAAAAUCUGCAAUUCCAUCAUAUUUAUGGUCAUCGUUUGCCAAAUACACCCCAUCGAACGUCCUGCCAUCUGGGGUUAAUUUAAGCGCAACCCUUCAUAAUUGGGUGGAAGGGUCCGGGCACCCUGUGGUCUUUGUUACGCAAAGUGGAAACGAUGUCGUGCUCUCACAGGAGAGAUUUUUACUAUCGGGCAACGAUACCACUACCCAAUACUACGUCCCGAUAACGUAUACCGUUUCAAAUGAUAUAACCACUUUCUGGAAUACCACUGUCAAACAAUGGCUGGUUCCUGGUGAAAAUUUAAUCAUUUCUAAUGUUUUAAAUGGCAGCGAUUGGAUCGUCCUGAAUAACAAGCAAGCUGGUUUCUACAGGGUGGAAUACGACAAUACUCUCUGGUCCGCCAUAAAAACUCAACUAAAAUCCAACCAUCUUAAGAUCGACGUGUUGAACCGGGCUCAGCUCAUCAGUGACACCUUUAACUUGGCCAGAUCUGGCAGUGCAGGUGGUUAUGGCAAUUGGAGUUACAGUUCAGUUCUGGAUCUGCUGAGUUAUCUCGAAAACGAAACGGAUUAUUAUCCUUGGUAUGCCACCAUCGUGGGAAAUAAUCAUUUGCUACAAAGAGUUGGAUACAAUACGACAGUUGGCAACAAAUUUACUUCCUGGAUGCUGAAUCUUAUGGAUAAAGUAUACGAAUCAGUAGCGUUUAACACGUUAGACUCGAAUAAUCAAGUUUAUACCACCAAGCAGGCGUUGAUAUUGUCCAAGGCUUGUCAAUAUGGACAUUCUGGAUGCAUUUCUAAGUCCAAGCAGUUGUUUGACGAGUAUAAAAAUAAUGGAACAAAGGUUCCAAAGAACUUGAGAACCAUCGUUUAUUGUAACGCCCUGAGGUACAGUGACUCGGAUGACACCGAUUUCAGGUUCUUAUGGCAAAAAUACACCGAAACCAAGCUGAUGACCGAAAUUUUAACUUUACUGAGCGGCAUGGCAUGUUCUCAAAACUCUACCAACUUAAAAUGGCUCUUGAGUCAAACGAUAAACUCCACAUCCGGAAUAAGGCUCCAAGACUUCACAACAGUUUGGUCAUAUGUAUACACGAGCAGCAAAGUUGGCACCAACGCAGCUUUGGAAUAUAUCAAUGAAAACUACCAAGCGCUCUCCGCUUCGUACAGCAGUGUAGGGUCAUUAAUAUCUAAUGCUGCCAACUAUAUAAGCGAAGAGGACCAGCUGGUAUAUUUGGAGGCUCUGGCGAACAUUACAGGGAUCUCAGAGAGUCACAAAAACACCACCGAAAGUGCCCUAAAAUCAGCCCAAAGCAACAUUGAUUUUGGGACGAAAAUCGCCUCAAGUGUAUCCAUGUACCUGGAUUCUCCUAGUUCCGAUACAACUUCCGAAUCUCCAGAUUCCACGUCCGACUCACACGUUUUUAAAUCGUCUUACCUUUUACUGAUAACAUUUUUAUUCUUAUGCAUGAAAUGAGUUUUUUGUGUUCCCAAAAUACACGGUAAUUUAUUUAAUUGA